UAACAGCAAACAAACAGUUUACCAACAACAGUAGAACAGCUGUGCAGUGGCAAGUAUUAGCGAAGCACUGGUAAACAAUUGCAAUGGCAGAAAGUACAGGCAAUCCAUACGAUAUAAACGGCCAACAUUUCAAUGCGGACAUGUAUUUACAAAGACUUCUGAAAGAAUGCACGCUAAAACAAAUAAUGGACCAGGAAAUUGAAAUUGUUCAAGAUACACAAGUCCUACAUUCUGAUAUGCAAACUCUUGUUUAUGAAAACUACAACAAGUUUAUAUCUGCUACAGAUACUAUUAAAAAGAUGAAAACUGAUUUCAAAAAAAUGGAAGAUGAAAUGGAUCUUCUUUCUACCAACAUGGAAUCUAUAACAUCAUUCUCAGAGCAAAUAUCAUGUACACUGCAGGAGACCAGGCAACAGAUUACUGAACUUUCCGGGGUGCAUUCAUUAUUAAAAAGGCUUCAGUUUCUGUUUAAACUACCUUCUCAAUUGAAAGCACAUAUAGAGGAUGAAAAUUAUUCACAAGCAGUACAAGAUUACAUCCAUGCGCAGAGAGUCCUGCGCCAAUAUGGAGACAUGGCUUCUUUCCAUGGAAUACAGAGUGACUGUGAAGUAAUUGUGGAGGAACUUAAAACUCAUUUAAGAGGGCAGUUUCGGAGUAAAGAUGCAUCACCAAAAGAGCUAGCUGAAUCAGUUGAUUUAUUGCUACAGUUGAAAGAACCUCCAGAUUCACUGUGCUCUGAUUUUCUUGCUCAUGCACAAGUUCGCAUGACAGAACAGCUACAGGUGCUACAAGACAUGAAAGAUCAGGAUAUGAUAGAAUUUGUUGAUGCUGGUAGUUCAGGAUUUCUCAGUGACCUUUGCCUUGUUGUUGCAUCAUAUAAUGAUAUGUUCCUGAAUAGACCACGCUCUCAGGAUCCCAACCAGAGUGAUGAUUUAGAUUCAGUUGCAACAACUCAACUGAACAACUUUGUGCUCCAAAACAUGCAGAACUACUUUGAGCUCAUGAGUAACAGAGUGGAACAAGAACAAGAUACAGGCGAUACAGCGGUUUUGGUCCGUGCACUUGAUCGUUUCCAUCGGCGUCUUCAGGCUGUUAAUACUCUUCUGGCAGAAUCAGACUUUGCCAGGACAGGUACAGAGAUAGUACUGAAGGCUGCACGUCGCCAAUGUCGAGCCCAUUCGCAAGCUCUGAAGGCCCACCUGGCAGAUGCAUUGUCUCGGGUCAGGCAAGGCCUCGCGGCAUCUCCUGCACCUCUGGCCAGAGUUGGAUCAGCCAAUGGGUCUGGCCAAGUCGACACACUCUCCAGUUCCUUACCUGAGAUGCAGGCCUCUCUAGUGCUUGCCACUGUCGAAAAAGUGAAAGGCAUUCUGCAGGAUUUAUUGGUAUUUGUGCAACCUGAACUGACAUUUGGGCUGAAGCCUCACUUUCGUGAUGCAUUCUGUGUGGACAGUGUACGAGAGGAGCUGGUUGUAGGUUUCCUGCAUCAUUUAACAGCUACAGCCCGAUCCUUUUGCAGUGACUCAGUGAAAUCUGUACCUUUGCCCUCACUGCUCUUGCUACUUUCCAAGACCUGUCUUGAGCUGGAAUCAUCUAGUGUGCAUUAUUUGCUUAGUACUGUUGAUGAACUGUUUGGGAUAGAAGAACAACAUGAGACAACACCAGCUUCUGAACUGUGUGCAGCCAUGCAUGAAGCUGCACAAGACCUGCUAAAUCAUUAUGUGCGGAUGCAAGGACUUAAUGUUUCACAGAUGUUGCGAAAAUCUGUGGAAACACGUGAUUGGCUACAUACAAUAGAACCCAGAACAGUGCGUGCUGUAAUGAAGCGUGUUGUGGAAGAUGUGGCAGCACUAGAUGGACAAGUGGGUGCUUUAUUUGAAGAGGGUACACGAGCUGAACACAGUUCAGACUCCAGUCGGCGAACUCAUAGUGUCAGUCUUUCAAGGCAUCGGUCCAAUUGGUCAUCAUAUGCCCCUAGCCAGCUAGAAUCAAGUAUUGUAACUAACAUACAAAAAUUGUUCUCAGAACGUAUAGAAAUCUUCUCAUCUGUUGAUUUUUCAAAAGUUUCUAUACUAACUGGCAUCAUAAAAAUAAGUCUCAAGACUUUCCUAGAAUGUGUUCGGUUAAGAACAUUUAGCCGGUAUGGGCUUCAACAAAUACAAGUUGAUACUCAUUACUUACAACUUUAUCUCUGGCGUUUUGUUACUGAUGAGAACUUAGUGCAUCGUCUUUUGGAUGAUAUUUUAAGCAGCACAGUCCAUCGUUGUUUAGACCCAGUUCUCAUGGAACCUAGUGUUGUAGAGAUUAUUUGUGAAAGAGGUUAAUUGUACUGUGUUCAGAAAGUGAAUUGAGAUUACUUCUUUGUUACCAUUCCACUAUGGUGUGUAGCAUUUUUUAAAUGCUACACAACAAACAAAUGUAAAGUAUUUAUUUUUCUGCUGAUAGUUGUUUGUAUAUUGAACACAGGGCAGAGCUAAACAAUAUUUGUUGCAGGACCUGGCUUAAGAGUGUUUUUCUGAUACGUAGCUACCAAAUUGUGGAUGCCAAAGUUUUGUUCUCUGUUCUCUUUUUCAUAAAAUAAUAAAGAAGUUCACAUAAGAUA